GCUGGGGGCCCCCGCGGGGAGAAGCCCGGCGCCGCUGCUCCUCCUCCAGCUGCUCGCGCGGCCGCUGUAGCGGCAGGAGGCGGGCCCUGCGCUCCGCUCUUGCCCCUCCUGAGCUCAGUCGGGGCGAGGAGGCGCCUCCAUCCGCCCGCGGCGCUCCCCGGGCAGUCCCGUCAGCGCGCGCGGCCCGUGGGGAACAGGCGGCGGCGGCGGCGGCUCCUCGCGCUUGGCCUCUGCCGAAGGCGCGGCGGCGGGAGGGCCCUCCUCCGCCCGCCCAGACGGCGGCUUUCCCACCCUAGGUCGCCCCCGCCGGGGUGGGCGGGACCUGCCGGGACGCCUUGGCCGCUGGCUCCAACCCGGAGCGCCGGCCGAGCCCGGGAGCCCGCCCCUCGCCUCUUCUUCAACGCCCGUCGCUCUAGAACGCGAAGCCUAGGACUGAGGUGGAGACCCGAACCGAGACCGGGAAGGUGUCAGGAGAGAGGCCGGGGAGGAGGCAAAUCUCGCGAGAAUCCCUCGCUCCCCCUGCCCAGCCCCGCCCCGCCGCUUUCCAGCUCACCACCCGGCUCCCCUGCUGGUGCCAGGUGCGGUGACGUCACGGCCGGGGGUCGCGCGCUACCGCCGUCCAGGUGCGGCGAGCGGAUGAGGGAGGAAUCCGGGGGAGCUGCGAACAGCAAGCUCCGGGGGACCUAAAAGAAAGAGGCGACGAGAGAAAGGGAGUGAGCCCCGCUGACUUUCCAUCUUCGGAGGCCCAGCUGCUACCGCGACCCCAAAGUUACCGAUCAGAAACAUUUCUUCGUCGGAAAAAAACC